UAGGAACCUUCCUCUUUGUUCCGGCCUUACUCGAGCAAACAUGGCGGCGGAAGGAGACGUCGAUUUGGACUUGGAAGCCGAGGAAAACUGCACCGGGAAGCCGGCAGAGAAGCCUCGGAAACAUGACAGCGGGGCCGCUGAUUUGGAGAGAGUGACAGACUACGCGGAGGAGAAGGAAAUCUCCAGCUCUGAUUUAGAAACGGCCAUGUCAGUGAUUGGAGACCGAAGGUCGCGAGAACAGAAAGCCAAGCAGGAGAGAGAAAAGGAGUUGGCCAAAGUCACCAUCAAGAGAGAGGACGUGGAGCUAAUCAUGUCUGAGAUGGAGAUUUCGAGGGCCGUGGCUGAGCGCAGUCUGAGGGAACACAUGGGGAACGUGGUGGAAGCUCUGGUGGCUCUGACCAACUGAACAAACAUGACUGACACACUGGACUGCUUCAUUAGGCUCAUCAGUUACGCUGGGUGGUUAAACUGUCAUGGUGUCAUCUUUACUGUUGUUUUUUUUGUUUUUGUUUUUUAAAUAAAAGUUGACAUUUGGCUUC